AUGGUACUUCUGGGAAUGAUGCCGGAGACCUCCUCGCCUUGGCAAGAGCCAGGCAAUCCCGAUCCCGACUCGCUGGCAAGCAAGGUGGAAGACUCGGCAGCAGGGAAGAGCGCUAGCGCGGCAGACGUCGCCGUCAGUGCCAGUUCAGAAAACGCUGAUACUGCUACUGCUACGCCUUCCAGCAGUGUGCCAAUAUCGUUAUGGCCCAGCCGCGUGGAUCUCGUAAUCCGCAGCCACGUGUCAAGCAGCUUCUUCCUCCUGGAGAUGCUCUUUGACAGCAUCGAGCAGAUGUGGCCACGUGGCAUUGGUGACGUCAUCCUCAUCCUCGACAGUGACGAGCGAUUGGCUGAGGACCUCAUUCCCACGUGGAUCAAAGUCUACUACGAGAUUAACAUGCUGAAGCUUCCGGGAAAGAUCCUGCAGCAGUGGAGCUACCUCUGGGCUGACAAAUACACAACAGCCCCUUGCGUGGCCUUGAUUGACGAUGACGUCAUCUUCAACAUGAAAGUAACACCCGGGUUACUGUUCAACCUGAUAGAUGGCAAGCCGUACGUGAUUGGCAGCGUGCAGCGACAGCUGGACCACUGGUUACCGUCCACCAAGAUUUUCGUUGGCAAGGACAAGUACUUCGCCAACUUCAUGGUGCAGCUGCCAUUCCUGAUGCCGACCAGCGUGCUGCCUAGAUUCAGAAGCCAUGUAGCGAAUCUGCACAAGGAUAAGGGCGGCAGCUUUGACUCCGCUUUCAAGUGGUUCUCCAAGCAUGGGCCGAAGUUUGAGCGGACCCAAAUUGCCCACACGACCAUUGGGAACUACAUGUGGGCGUAUGCUCAUGAUGAGGUGCACUGGGCCUUGGAAUGGACAAGUCACACGCCGAUCCCUCGCGUGGGCAUGCAUCUGCCCUACACGAAGCCGUUCCGCAUCGCCACGAAGCACGACGACAACGCGCCACGUGUCAUCAAGACGUAUGUUCAGGUGGCAGCUUACUACUCGCACGAGGGUGUGUGCCAUGCAUUGCCUGAUGGGGAGCUGCCUGGGUGUGAUGAUGUGAACCGCUUCCCUCAGAGGCAGAUAUGGCAGUAUGCCAUGGAUUGGUAUGACUGGCCUGCUAUCAAGAAGAAGAAGGCUAAUGCUACUAUAUUGUAUGAUCAGUACCGGAGUGAGCUGGCGUGCAUGUACUGGAGGGUAGCUUAG